AUGCCGUCAAAAGCAGAAUCUCUCUUCCGCUCCCUCCUCCGACACUCAACACCCCGACACGUUCUUCGAAGCCUCUACUUCGGAACAGGCGCAUUCUGCGCCGCCGCCCUAUUCUGGGAGAAUGUAUUGAUGUUCCAACUAGCGGAGGGGCCGUCCAUGUAUCCGACAUUCAACCCGCGGGGGGACUACCUUCUUGUUUCGAGACUGCACAAACACGGGCGCGGAAUUGAGGUAGGCGAUGUGGUGCGUUUCUAUCACCCGAGCUUCUUGGGCAUGCAUGGCGCAAAGAGGGUUAUCGGUUUACCGGGGGAUUUUGUUUGUCGGGAUCACCCGCUCAGUACUGAUGUUGGGGGGAGUGGAGAGAUGAUCAGAGUACCGGAAGGACAUGUUUACGUGUGCGGAGACAACCUGCCGUGGUCGAGGGAUUCGAGGACCUUUGGCCCAUUGCCGAUGGGAUUGAUUAAUGGGAAGGUUAUUGCAAGGAUUUGGCCGUUGUCCAAGGUACAGUGGGUGACAAAUACCUUGAAGCCUGUUGAGGCUGCGGAAUGA